CCGCUGUCUAUGGUUCCGUAGGGGGGUCGGUGGGAGACGCUCCGGUGGCGUCUGUGGGUCCGCUUGAGAAUCGAAGUGUUAAUGUGUGCAGUGUGGGGCGCGGGUGUGACCCCGAUCUCAGAGUUUGGGGAUCUGAUGCAGCACGUGUGCCCGUAGACGUCAUGCGGCGCAAUCAGGACACCCACACUUGACUCUUACCUUUGAAAAGCUGCAGCAUAAGAUGCCCACAAAAGAUCUAGGAGCGUACCGAAAUGCAAACCUCUUAUUUAGUAAAAUUUCAUUUAUUUUGGAAGAAGGGUGGCUGUCACAGCUUGAGUUGUCAUAGGACAACUUGCAGGACUCAACUCCACCACGAGUCCCGCACUCAGGCUUGCCUGUAAGCUACCUUACUGAGCCAGCUUGCCUCGGGAUGUAUUUUAAAGUAAUAAACUAGAGAAAGGAGAACCCUAGUGGUGUUUAGAUGCUUAAUUCCUAAACUUGCUGAGUGUCAUUUAAAAAUUAGAGUGAGGCAGUUUAUGUCAGAAAGAAACUUCACGUCACCGACGUUUGGAAUAUUAGAAACCAGAACUAGAUAAUAGGCAGGAGAGAUUGCCAGCUUCAGGAAGUGAUGGGUGCCUGGGAGGGGUUUUCUGCUUCUCUCUAGCAGUUGGGAACCAGCAGGACAUGUGUCCUCGAGAGAAGUCAGAAUGCCAAGCCUUUGACUAUUCCCUGCCUUUCCUACCACAGAGAAAGGGGUUUAGGUGCUGGGUGGUGUGGGAUACCCUUUUAAUGUAUCGUGGGGUUUUGCUGUAAGGUGGUCACACUUUCCUGCCUUUGUUUUUGUUUUUCUUCCGAGACAGGGUUUCUUUGUGUAGCCUUGGCUGUCCUGCACUCACUUUGUAGACCAGGCUAGUCUACAGAUAAUCUGCCUGCCUCUGUGUUCCCGAGUGCUGGGAAUACAGGCAUGUGCCAACUGCCCCAGGCUCCUGGCUACAUUCUUGCCCAUUUUGUUACAGGCAGAAUUCAUAUUCAUAUUUAUGAAACUUUACUGAACUUUGCCCUUGAUUACACUGAGACAUUCACACAUUGAGUCCCCUUUCCCUGUUGUGUAUAUGUGUUCUCUUAAAUUCUGUUUCCUCCCUCCUCCUCUAUUCCUUUCCCUUCUCUCUCCCCUGACCCUUCUCUCUUUCUUGACAGGUCUUACUGUGUAGGACUGGCUAGCCGAGAACUCACUGUGUAGACCACUGAUCUCAACUCCUGGAAAUCUACAUUCCAAGUGCUGGAAUUAAAGGCAUGUGCCACCAAACUUUUUCUUGAAAUAUACAUAAGAAUAAGCUUCCUGUGAGUGGCAGGUCCCAGGAAGUGAGGUGCUGCCUACAGUCACCCCUACUGUGUUAAGAAAUAAAUGUAAAAGUCUUUCAUAGGACCUGGAUGGAGGAAUUUGAUCUUGGAGAGUAAACAAACUCUUGCCAGCUGCCAUCUCCCUGGCAUUCAGGUUGAACAGAUUUGACCUUGCUUCCAAAUGUGGGUUAAAGAAUCUGGUUUCUGUAUUCUCUCUUUCCCCUCUCUCCCUCCCUUCCCUUCUUUCCUCUCUCCCUCUCUCUCCCUUUCUUCCUCUCUUCCUCCCUCCCUUCCUCCUAGAAUAAUGGCUUUGGUCCUGGCAAAGCUUGGUUAGCAGAUCAAGCAUUGUAUUUUGGGUCACAGUGCCUGCUGGGGGGGAGCAGUUGAAAUGAGCCCUGCAGAGUCCUGUCUCCAGUUUAACUGACAGCUUUCUGUAAUAUAGCCCUUAGGAAUUUUAUCUUCUUGAGGUUCAGGGACUGCAGAAAUGAAAUUGUGCUUCUGUUUUGCAGGACUCUUCCUGUUCUUGCAUCAUUUGACUGAAGUAGGGUAGGGUCAAGUUUUGAGGACUGACAGAUUCUAAACCCAGGAUUUCUAGGCUCCCAGAAAGCCACCAGACACCACAUGGAAGCGAGGGUCCCACACCCAGCCUCUAUACCUCCGGUGGAGAGAGCAUUUCACGUUCUUGUGGGUGUCACUGGAAGCGUCGCUGCCCUGAAGCUGCCUCUUCUGGUAGCAAAGCUUCUGGACCUUCCUGGGCUGGAAGUCACAGUCGUAACAACGGAGAGAGCCAAACACUUCUACAACCCUCAGGAUGUUCCUGUCACCCUCUACAGUGACGCUGAUGAGUGGGAGAUGUGGAAGCGGCGCUCUGACCCAGUUCUCCACAUUGACCUGCGGAGGUGGGCUGACCUCAUGCUAGUGGCUCCCCUUGAUGCCAACACUCUGGGGAAGGUGGCCAGUGGCAUCUGUGACAACUUACUUACCUGUGUCAUCCGGGCCUGGGACCUCAGCAAGCCCCUACUCUUCUGCCCUGCCAUGAACACCGCCAUGUGGGAGCACCCUCUCACUGCACGGCAGGUGGGCCAGCUCAAGUCCUUUGGCUACGUGGAGAUUCCCUGUGUGAGCAAGAAGCUGGUGUGUGGAGACCAAGGUCUCGGCGCCAUGGCUGAGGUGGAAAGCAUUGUGGAUAAAGUAAAAGAAGUGCUCUUCCAGCAUGGUGGUGUCCGGCAGGGUUGAGCUGGGAUUUCUGUCGUGCUGUCCCUGUACCCAGUGAGUUCAGCCCAAGCUGCUGAAGAGGAACAUCAGCACACCAUGAUGAGCUUGUGUUUGCUGAGAAGAGGCUGGACGGAGUCUUCUCAGAGUUUCUGGGGUCUAACCCUGUUCAAGCUAAACAGGACCACAGACCCAUGUCAUGCCUUCUUUCAGUGAGCAAAUGUCUGCUUCCCAGAGGCCCUCCCAUUUUUUCUUGGGAUAGUCCCAGUAAACUAGGUAAACUUGCUGCUCCUUGAAGUUUAAUUGAAUGAUUGAGGGACCUCCUGCCUGGGAAUUGCUUUUAGAAAUAUCAUGGCUGAGUCUGGCCACAGUGGCUCAUAGCUGUGGUACUAGCACUUGGAGUGCUGGGACAGGAUUGCCAUAACUUUGAAGUUGGCUUGAGGUAUAUGGCAAGCCGAUCUGUGAGUAUGACAGCCUAUUUUAAAACAAAAGCAACAAGAAGGAACACCAUAGCUCAAGACCCUUCGUACAGCAGCUCCUGGUCAGGCCCUGGAAGCUCCCCUUCUUUGGUCCUACACAGAGUCAAGAAGUCUGUGAGGUGGCAAGACUCUGGGACGGGAGUAGUUCUGGGAAAUAAAGAAAAGUGAUCUUUUAA